AAUAUUGCACCCAAAAACCCAGCUGCUAAGUGCGAGCAAUGGACCACGCAACAGGUGCCAUGGGCAGCCUGCUCCCCAAGCUCGGCGAACUCCUCAAGGAGGAGUACAAACUGCAGAGAAGCAUCAAGGAUGAUGUAAAACAUCUAAAGAGAGAGCUGGAGAGCAUGCACGCUGCCCUCCGCAAGGUCGGGGACGUGCCACGGGAACAGCUUGACGAGCUAGUCAAGCUCUGGGCUAACGAGGUCAGAGAACUUUCGUACAGAAUAGAGGAUAUCAUCGACAAGUUCCUGGUGCAUGUUGAGGGGCCUGAACCUGAAGACAAGCCACACAUGCUCAAACAAGUCAUGAAGAAGAUGGGCGGCUUGUUCACCAAGUUCAUGAAACGCCGUUCCAUCGGCGACGAGAUCAAAAGUAUCAAGGUCAGUGUUCAGGAGGCGGCUGACCGUCGUGAUAGGUACAGGGUCCAUGAGGUGGUCACUAAUCUAGUUGUUACAACCACCGUUGACCCUCACCUAUUAGCUCUAUACAAGGACCAAAAAGAACUCGUUGGUAUUGAUGAUUCAUUGAAUGAGCUAACCAAGAUGAUGAGUGAUGGGGGUGGUGAUGCGUCCAAGCAACUCAAGAUACUCUCUAUUUUCGGAUUCGGAGGCCUUGGCAAGACAACUCUUGCCAAGCAAUGUAUGAUAAGCUUAAAGCGCGGUUUGAUUAUAGUGCUUUUGUUCCGGUAGGACAGAACCCUAGCAUGAAGAAACUUCUCAACGACAUUUUGUUUGGAAUUCACAAGAAAAUGUACCUGGAGUUGGAUGAAAGGCAGCUGAUCGACAAACUCCUAGAAUUACUUGAGAACAAGAGAUAUGCAUCCUAUUAUGUUGUUCCAUAUACUUCAAGUAGGAAAUAGGGGGUUGCAUGAAAAGCAACCAAUCGUUGAACUGUGAGAACAAGAGGUAUCCAUAAAAUGGGCGGAAAUAGCGACAACCCUGAGAAGAAAUGAGUGGAAAUUUUGGCUUGAGAACAUAUUACAAGAUAAGGGUUUCGAUGUCCUAUCAUCACUCUUGGGUUGGGAUUUCCAUUGAAUCUUUGCCGUUGUUUCAUAUAUUCUAGAACUUCUACAACUGAUGCCAA